GCCGUGGCUUAUCUGAAGGCAUCUGAUUUGCAAGGGCAAUGCAGGAGCGCCUUUGCUUGCCUGAAACCCCCCACCGCUCCCGAGGGGGUUAAAUGGGAAGUCAGGAGAGGAUGACUGAGCAGAAGGGGGAGAGGAUCGGUGGCAAGGCGCAGCUGAUCCUAGAGAGGUGGGAGGGAAGAAGGCUCUGCGGGGACAGAGUCGUGUUUUACCACCAUUGUGCAUGUGAGCUGAGCCUUGGAGCGUGCCUUAACCCACCGGGUCACCUGCCGGCACCUGGUCCUCUCUGGCACGGAAUAAGUACUCGGCUCCCGGCAGCGUCGCCGUCAUGGGGAAGGACUAUUACAAGAUUUUGGGCAUCCAGAGCGGUGCCAACGAAGAUGAAAUCAAGAAAGCCUAUCGGAAAAUGGCUCUGAAAUAUCACCCUGAUAAGAAUAAAGACCCCAGUGCUGAGGAGAAGUUCAAGGAGAUUGCGGAGGCUUAUGAUGUCCUGAGUGACCCCAAGAAACGAGCUGUGUAUGACCAGUAUGGGGAAGAAGGUCUCAAAACUGGAGGUGGCUCUUCAGGUGGCUCAGGGAACACCUUCCACUACACCUUCCAUGGAGACCCCCACGCCACCUUUGCGUCCUUCUUUGGAGGCUCCAACCCUUUUGACAUCUUCUUCGCCAGCAGCCGCUCCCGGAUGUUCAAUGGCUUUGACCAGGAAGACAUGGAUAUGGAUGACGAUGACGACCCUUUCAGUGCCUUUGGCCGGUUUGGCUUCAACGGCAUUAACGGGGUUCACCGGCGGCACCAGGAGUCCCUGCACACGCGGAGGAAGGUCCAAGACCCACCUGUCAUCCAUGAGCUGAAGGUGUCCCUGGAAGAGAUCUACCACGGGUCCACCAAGAGGAUGAAGAUCACUCGCAGAAGGCUCAACGCUGAUGGCCGGACCAUGCGGACUGAGGACAAGAUCCUAAACAUUGUCAUCAAAAGGGGUUGGAAGGAGGGAACCAAAAUCACGUUCCCCAAAGAAGGGGAUGCCACUCCAGACAACAUCCCUGCAGACAUCGUCUUCAUCCUCAAGGACAAGCCUCACUCGCACUUCAAGAGGGACGGGACGAACGUGAUCUACACGGCAAACAUCAGUCUUAAAGAGGCCUUGUGCGGCUGCACCGUGAACAUUCCCACCAUCGAUGGACGGGUGAUCCCACUUCCCUGCAAUGACAUCAUCAAGCCAGGGACAGUGAAGAGACUACGCGGGGAGGGGCUGCCCUUCCCCAAGGCCCCCAGCCAGCGAGGAGACUUGAUCGUGGAGUUCAAAAUCCGCUUCCCAGACAGAAUAGCUCCCCAGACAAGACAGAUCCUCAAGCAGCACCUCCCGUGCUCCUAGACUCCAGGGACUCUCCUCCAAAGCAGCAAUACUCCAAACGCAUGUGCCACAGCACCUGGCCUGCACAGAGCCAAGGUGCCAUAGCACUUUUAAAUGCAAAAAAAAAAAAAAAAAAAACC